CAAUAGUACAUACUAGUAUAAUAUAUAAUGAUAUUUUUCUCAUAUUUAAAACUGUAGGGAGUAAAUGAUUUUAUCUCCAUAUGUCGAUUGUUCGUUAGAGUGAGCCAGACAGUUCAAACGUUCGGACAUAAAAUACAUUAGUAUUUAGUCGGUUUAAGAAAAAAACAUGUGGAAAUUAACUACACUGUGUCUGGUAGUUACCCACCUAAUCUUUAUUGUUUUAUUUUAUAUAAUGUUUAUUACAAAUUUAAAAUAAAUCUGAUCUAAUGUGUUAUAAUAUAGAUGUGUGUAUGCGUCGCACUCAGUGAUGCAUACUGGUUUUGCAGUACUUCUAAUCAUGUUGUUCGAGCUAUGGAAAACGAAGGUAUCGAAAAGGUCGUGGCAAAUGCACUACCGAGCAUAAAAUUAUCGGUAAUAAUAAUACAAAGAAAAAAAUCAUUGAAAAACGAUAUUGAGCAAAGUUCGAAACAAUUUAUGAUGAAUUUUAUCAGAUUUUCCCGUUUUCUACGUAUUUCCAUAAUUUAUUACUAAAAAUAUUACAAGGAAAACCAAUACGCUCAGAAUUUAAACAUCGAUAAAUUAUUUUAAUCUUAUGAAAAAAUAAAUUAAAUUAUAAAUCAUAUAUUAUAACAGGUAAAAUAUCCCGAAAGUGGUUUUGAAGUGGAUUUAGGUAACGAAUUGAAACCCAAAGAUUUGAAUAAUAUACCAGAAGUCCAUUGGGAUGAAGCUAAUGAAAAAAAGAACUACACGUUGAUUUUUACCGGUAAGUUAAAGGAAAUAUAAAAAAUUCUAAAUUCCGAGUGUACCUAUUCUACCAAAAUGUUCGUAUCACAAACAAUAAUUGAAAAAUGUACGUAGUAAUAAUUUCUGUUAUUUUCGAUUUUCUUUUUUUGUUGAAAAUAUAAAAUCCCGAAAUUUUUAUCGAAUACUUAUACUAGCCAUUUUUGAAGUGAUGGACAAACGACGUUUGAAAAAAAUGAUUUUGCUAUAAUAUUUAUCUAUUAAAAAUGGUCAAGUUUUUUUAGUUUUUAUUCGACUUUAAAUAGAAAAAAUUAUUUUAGCUUUUCAAAAAUGCUUGAAAGUUCAUUAUAAGCUUUUCUUACGACACUAUCAGUAUGUAUCAACAGUUUUUAUUUAGAAUUUAUUUUUAUAUGUAUCAAGUUCAAACGAAAAUAAUAACAGCAUUUUGUGUACUAUUUCACUAUUUAUAUGAAUUAAAAUUUUACAAAAAGUUAACCAUAAUUUGAAUCUAUAGUGGUGAACUAAAGUUAAAUAAAUUUUUUUUUUAAAAAUGUUUGAAAAAUUCAUUAUUUGUUAAAAAUUGUAAAAUUGGCAUUUCAAAAAAAAAACCGAAUUUCAUCCAGAAUCGUUUUUCGUUACCAAUGAGUUGCGUGCAGAUAUAAAUUAACCUACUCUACAGAAUAUAUAGUCUAUAUAUAUAGUCUUUCCAAAAUUUCACCUACAACAGUGCAGGCAUACCAGUACCUACUGUUUAUUUGCGAAGUUUUCGAAACUUUUAAAUUAAAAUUCUUAUACCUACAUUAUUAAUUUAAAUAUUAAUAUUUCUGGAGGUGGAAAAGAUGAUAUCUGUUAUACUAUAUCAGUGAUGUAGCCAGCAUUUUAUAAUAGGAAUUAGAAAGAUUUGACUUGCACAAGAAAAAAUAUUUAGAAGGGUAUUUUUAUCAAUUUGUAUUAUGUAUUUUAACGUAUACAUAAAAAAAAAAUCGAUUAAAAAACUUAACAAUGAAAUGAGAAUUAUUUGUUAGUCCUAUAUAUAAAAUAGUCACUCCUGUGAUAAUGGCAUAGGAUUCUUCUAGGAAAAUUUUCAACAAAAGCAUCCAGUAAUUAUAAUAUUUUAUAAUUUUCAUUAGAUAUAGUAAUAUGUUUUAUUUUUGUUUUAUAUUAGUCAUGGCAGACCAUACUAAAUGUAUAAAUGCUAAAAUAUAGCUAAAUACAUUAGGUAAAUAUUUUGUAUUAUAGUAUAAGUACUACUUCUUAAACACGUUUUAAUAGGUUUGGUAUCGACAACUUUUUUUCAGGAGUGAAACAAAUAAUCGUAAAAUAUUAUACAAAACAUAUAAAUACUGCCAAUGUGACCCUGGGGCCCCAAAGGUCCCUGACUAAGCCUCUGUACCUAUUAAUAUAGUUAUAUUAUAGUUCUAUAAUAUAUAACGCACAUAUUUAAAGCCAUAAUAUUAUUAUACAAAAUAAUGACCAGAGCGGGGUCGUAUUUAUUUUACUAUGAUGUAUUAUACUAUGUACGUAUAUUAUUUACUAUGAUAUUUAAAAAAAACAUCAUUUAUUAUUCGUAUUUUGAGGAAAAAAUAAGCUUUUUUUUAUUUUUCCUUAUUUAAAUAAGUCCUAAUUUUUGAUAAAAUUCGCUUUGAACAAGGAUAAUUGCAAAAAAACCUAUUUCUACCUAUUGUGCGAAAUAUGUCCAACUAUUAUAAAUUAUAUUUUAUCAUUCUUCGCAGACCCCGAUGUUCCAAGUCGUACGAACCCCAUAAAUAAAGAAUUUCUCCAUUGGUUGGUGGUAAACAUACCAGGUAAUCGUGUGAAGGAUGGAAAAGUAAUUGCAGAUUAUGUAGGACCUGCACCGCCGAAGGGAACAGGUAACGAAAUUGAAUGACAGAAAUUCCACCGUCAUAAUAGAUGGAUUUGAAAAAUGCACAAAUUAUACAUUUUUCAGGACUCCAUCGAUACGUAUUUUUAGUGUUUGAACAAGAGGAUGGAAUGUAUAAUUUUCCCAAAUUCAACUUCAUAGACAAUAGGUAAUUAUGGCAUUACGAUUGAUUUAUAUCUUAUUCUUAUAUACCUAUAACCGUGAUUUGCCUAUAACAUUUUAUUGAUUUAUCCUGGCAUUCAAAUAUAAAAUCCCGUCAUGUAUAACGAGCAUACAACUAGUACUAUUAUAAUAAUAUUAUACAAAAGCGCUAAAUAAAUAUUAACGGAGGAGCUGGGGUCAGAUAAAAAUGAAUGCACAUUAGGUCGUUUUACAAGCACACCAAAUUGUUUUAGACUAUAGAAUUAUGACAUUUUAUAGUUACAAAUCGUAAGCUGACAGGGAUUAGUAUUACACAUAUGUAACAAUCUAUAGUAAACAAUGUACAAAAUACUAACAAAUAUUUACAUUAUUUCUAAUAUUUUACUUUUAGAAAUACAAAUAUUAGAUGUUUAAUUUGCAAUGAAAGUUGAUAAUUUGAUUUAUACUGAGGUCAAGAGUGUACACAGAAAAGGAGAUGAGGAGUUUAACCCUCCUCAUUCCCGAAAUUGUAAAAACUCAUCAUAUAUUAGUUCUAUAGUUAAAAAUAUUUAAAUUUUUUUACUUAUUAACUUCUAACGAAAAAUCUUUUCUGUGCUUGAUUGCAGUUAUACUUCAUUUAUACAAAAUUAGGUAAAAAAAGUGCAACAUGUUUUAAUUUGUAGACGUUUUUCCGUGUACUUAAUUUACCUAUAUUAAUAAAUCAUAUUUUGUUAAAUAUUUUAAUUUUAAUUUUUAACAAUAUAUUUUUUAGAACUGCUGUGGGCCGACCAUUAUUUUCAACGAAUCUAUUUUUAAUGGACAACAAUUUAAUAAUAAUACCGCUAGCUGGGAAUUUUUUUAAGGCCCAAUAUGAUGAUUCUGUUCCUGUUACGCAUAAACAAAUUGGAUUACAACCGUAAAAUUAAAAAUGCAAAUAUUUAAAUUGUCUCAUAUAAUAUUUUAUUAUUACAAAAUAUCUAAGUAUCAAGUAUAACAUAAAAAUAAUUUUAUUUACAAAAGUAUUCUUUUUUCUUCAUAUAAGAACCAAUAUAAUUUUGUAUUUGUAUGGUUUAAUUAUACGAGUGCUGUUUACACAGCAAAUGUCUCAUCUCUAUAAGUAUUACCUACAAUUUAAAUCACAUUUACGAUACAUUUUUAUUUAUACAAAUUUGUAUAAAUAUUGUUACCAACUAAUGUAUUUCGUACACUAAUCGUGCAUGUUAAAAUGUUGUAAGCAUUGUUUAGAAUUAUAAUUAUUUAAAAUGUUUUUAUCUCUUGACAAUGUUCAAUGUUUUUAAAUCUGGAAUUUUUUUUUUACUUAAUGGCGGUUCAAUGAUUUUGUCAUGGGAGAGGGGAUAGGGAUAGUUUUUAAAAACUAUUAUUAUUUACAUAAUCUUUUUUCGUAACUUUAAAAAUAUAAUAUAAUACACAGGGUGAUUUUUUUAAACACACUCGCCCCAUUUUAAUGGUUAAAUUAUGUAUAAAUUCAAGUUCUGAUUUUUUGAAAUUUUAAGUGCAAUGAACAACAAUAUUUUCACUUACUUAAAUUUUUCAUAACAUUUAAGGAGUGAC